CUUUGUUAGCCCGGGCGGGCGCGGCCCUGGCUGUUCUCGGGCCGGGCUUCCCGGAGUGGCGUUCGGUUCCCGGGUUGGGGUCGAGAUGUCCUACAUCCCCGGCCAGCCGGUCACCGCCGUGGUGCAACGAGUUGAAAUUCACAAGCUACGCCAAGGUGAGAACUUAAUCCUUGGCUUCAGCAUCGGAGGUGGGAUUGACCAGGAUCCCUCCCAGAAUCCCUUCUCAGAAGAUAAGACAGACAAGGGCAUUUAUGUCACACGUGUAUCUGAGGGAGGUCCUGCGGAAAUUGCUGGGCUACAGAUUGGAGACAAGAUCAUGCAGGUAAAUGGCUGGGACAUGACCAUGGUGACACAUGACCAGGCCCGGAAGCGGCUCACCAAGCGCUCAGAAGAAGUGGUGCGUCUGCUGGUGACAAGGCAGUCGCUGCAGAAGGCCGUGCAGCAGUCCAUGUUGUCCUAGCAGCUGGCCCUGACUCAUUCCUGUCUGCCUAUUUGUACAGUGACCACUACCAUGCUCUGCCUACUUCCUGGCUUCUGUAUGCUGGGCCUCAGCUCAGAAGGGUAACAGCUGAUCCCCAGGCUGAGCCAGCCUCCCUUCCCCUCUUACCCCAAGUCUGAGCCCUGGUAGCAGCAGUUUCCCUUGGACACUGAGGAUUGGAAACCAGGGUCUGAAGUUGAGUGGUUGUGCAUCUGCAAUGACUAGAUUCAGUUCUCAGCCCUGUUGCCUGCCCAUAGCAGUGCCCAGGUGAACAGGAAACACCUGACAAUUGCCAAAGCUAGGAAAUGCCAGGUGGGGUCACUUUUUUGUUUGUUCUGGCUACAGAACUUGGCCCUGCCUUGUUACUACCACAAUGUGUGCUGCAUGCUUCCUGGGUACCACACUGCUCCCUACAUGCCCAGCUGGGGUCUAAAUUCACACAGUACCAGAGCUACUUAACCUCCUCUCCCACGGUGCUGGCCUCCGGGAAG